ACAGACGACAGCUGAAGCUGUUCGUUAAAACCGGGGAACGGCGGCGUCCGUGAUCAUUCAUAACGGCAAGGGGGAGAACUUGAGAAUCAAGCUGACAAAUCAAACAGGAAGCGGAAUUAAAGCAGGGUUCAUUCGUAGGGACUAGAAGUGCGCUUGGAUAUAGCAUUCUCUCUUCGGCUUCUUUGUGUCCUCACUGGUAUCACUGUAUGGGCAAUACUGAAAGUUUUAUCAGCGAGUGAGUUUCUUAUCCAUUCUGCGUCCCUUUCCCAAUGAACCCAACGCACUUGGAGACGGGCGGCAGGCUAAGCAUGGGAUUACUUUUGUGAUGUGGAUUGUAAUAGCCUUGGAAGAAAAAAUUGAUCUACUUCUCAACAAUGUGAGAGGACCUGCGUCCUGGAUUCUCAUAUUUCUGGAUAUUCUGAAAAUAAUCGGCAACAGCUGAGAGACGUUAUAACAUAUUUUCCGUGGGUCUCACGCUCUCUCAGGUGUCUGCAUGCGUGUUGUGAGACCAACAUGGGAUUGUUGUUGCCCCUCUAGAUCGGACCCCGUGUGAAGAAGAAGCCUUUACUCAUGUCUAACUUGCUUUCUGAGACCUUUACCAAUGCGUUUGCUAAAGUCCGCCUAUCAUCGGAUAGGGUUUUAAAAAGAGUUAUUCGCCUUAUAAAUUCAAUCAUGAACUUUGCCGUUGGCGUGCUCCAGUUAUUUAUUGUGACGCUUCUGUAUUUUUCAGCUGUCAAGAGUGCCUACAUACCCAGGGAGGGAGGCAAAAGCACAUAUGACGUGGUGCCAUUCAUGGAGGUGUAUAACAAGUCACUUUGUCGUCCUCGGGAGGUGCUGGUGGAAAUUCAACAGGAAUACCCCGAUGACAUAGAGCAUAUCUUUAUACCGUCCUGUGUGGUUCUCACCCGCUGUGCUGGGUGCUGCAAUGAUGAGAUGAUGGAAUGCGCCCCCACCGUCACAUACAACAUUACCUUGGAGAUUAAAAGAUUGAAACCACUCCGUCAUCAAGGUGACUUUUUCAUGAGUUUUUCAGAACACAGUGAAUGCCAGUGCCGGCUGAAAAAAGAUCUUCCAGAGAAAAGAGAAAAAAAACCCCGGAAGGGCAAAGGCCAAAAGCGAAAGAGAAAGAAAAACCGUGAAAAAAAGCGGGAUUUUAGUCAGUGUGAGCCUUGCUGUUCUACAUGCUCUGAAAGGAGAAGAAGGUUGUUUGUUCAAGACCCCGAGACGUGUCAGUGCUCCUGUAAACACUCUGAAGCCGACUGCAGGUCUAGACAACUAGAACUCAACGAAAGGACCUGCAGAUGUGACAAACCACGGAGGUGAACCGAACAGAUUUCAGAAUGGACUCUGACAUGAAGGAAUAUUUCACCAAUAAUUCACAGCACUUUGAACUUUCAGCUUGAACUUUGGUCUCAUUUUUCCAUCACGGAGAAUGAAGUGGGGGGUAAAUAGUCAAUGAAAUGCUCUGUCUGUAUAUUUUCAUGAUUUUCACGUGUGUAUUAAGCGAACCGAGAGACUGAAAGCACAGGAUUUGAUUUGCUGCUAAAGGGUCUAAAAGACCUACGUAAACGUUUCUGAUCUUGGCUGGCAUGCGUAAAGUCGUACUCGGAAGUCGUACUCAACGAAACGCAUCACUGGAUUGGGGUCUGCUGUGCAUUUUUUUAUGUGAAUCUAAAUGUAAACGAGCGCAAACAAAACAUUUGGAGGACUGCAAAAGUGUGUCGGCGUCCAUUACACGCUGUGGAAUCAUUCCUCCCAGUACGUGAACACUGAACACACUGAGUGUGUUUUUAGAGAUGGACAAAUGACUGGAGUUUUGGUGGUAGACCGAACUGAUUCUGUCGGUGGAAUGUCACACAGUGAUGCCAUGGAAACCUGCUGGGCGCUGUGGUAAAUGUUUGCACCAGAGCUCAAGAGGAUUUUGGUCAUAUUCACUCCUUAAAGGGAUAUUCAUUUUUUGACAUGUUUGGAAA